AUGACAGUCGUUCAAUCAUCGAAAGUUCUGAAUAACAAUCAGAAUAAAACAGGUAAACAAAACGAGCAACACUACACAACCAACAACAGUGAUAAUGAAAAACUAAAUAAUAAAAAUAUCGACAAUGGGAUCAGCAAUCUGCUUGUUCACGAGCAUAAAAAGACAAGUAAAUUUCAAAUGGAGAUCAUGUUUUUGAUAUGUGUUGCCGGUAUAUAUGUAUUCUAUCUUUUAUAUGGUGUCUAUCAAGAGAAACUUAAUAUAAUACAAUAUAAUGGUGAAAAGAUUGGACAGUUUACAGCAUUUUUGUUGGGUCUUCAAUGUUUGGUCAACUACUUGUCGGCUUUGGUCGUAAAGGUAGCCACCAAAGAGAAGAAAGACAAUACACCAAUCUCUGAAUAUAGAAAUACAGCGUUGCUCAUUGUUAUUUCCACAUUUCUCUCGAAUACCUCGAUUCGUUACAUAAGCUAUCCCACUCAGGUGUUGGCAAAGUCAUGUAAGCCAAUUCCAGUGUUGGUGAUGGGAGUUCUCUGUUUCAAACGUCGUUACUCUGCAAUGAAAUAUUUCAUUGUGCUCGUUAUCUCGAUGGGUGUCGCCAUGUUUAUGUGGCCAUCAGGAAAGAAGCAUUCCACAACUUCAGUGGAGUUUGAUUCCAAUGUCAUCUUUGGAAACCUGCUAUUGUUGGGAUCACUCCUCUUGGAUGGUGUAAUCGGUCCAUCACAAGAUCAAUACGUAAGAGUCUACAAUCCAUCAUCGAACAGUAUGAUGCUUUACACCAAUCUUUGGAAUACUUUCUUUAUGUUUGCAAUUUCUGCAAUCAAAGGAGAGAUUGUACCAGCAAUUCAAUAUAUCAUUAAAUAUCCAGAAAUCAUUGGACCAAUCUUUAUUUUCUGUAUCACAAGUGCACUCGGACAACACUUUAUCUUUUUGACGACAAAGAACUUCAGCGCUCUCACAUGCACAACUGUAACAACAACUAGAAAGUUUUUCUCAAUUCUUAUUUCAAUCUUUUGGUUUGGACACUCACUAUCGGCCCUUCAGUGGUCGUCCAUAGCAUUGGUUUUCUUAGGUUUAUCAUUGGACGUAGUUCAAUCAUACUUUAUGAAACCAUCGAAAUCAAAAGUACAAUAG